AUGGGUGUAAUACAGAGAGUAAAGAAACCGACUACAAGAAAAGGUAAAAAGGUGCUACAAUCUAAGGAACCUAAACCUAUUGAAGGACCCAAGCAAUGUCUCUUUCUUCAGGGCCGAAAUCCUUCAGACCGAACUCGGAAAUUAUUGAAAGACAUAUAUGACUUAAAGAAACCUGAUGGAGCUUAUUUAAGCCGCAAGAAUGAUUUUGUUCCAUUCGAAGAUGCAACUCUUAUCGAGAAAUUGUGCUAUAAAAAAGAAGCUGCCUUGUUUGGUGUUGGUUCACACUCCAAGAAAAGACCACACAAUGUAAUCCUUGGACGUACAUUUGACUAUGGCAUACUGGACAUGAUUGAACUCGGAGCAGAUAAUUAUAAGGGAAUGAAAGAGUUUCACAAUGCUAAGGUUUUGUCAGGUUUAAAGCCCUGCCUUAUAUUUAAUGGUCCAGCAUGGGAUUUAAACCAAGAUUUGAAGCGUUUGAAAUCAUUAUUUAUUGAUUUCUUCAAUAGAGAAAAGGUAGAAACUAUCCGUCUGCAGGGAUUAGAACAUGUGCUUAGCUUUACAGCUACUGAGAGCGGCAACAUAUAUUUUCGGUCAUACAAAAUCCUGUUGAAAAAAAGUGGCCAGCGUACGCCUAGAAUUGAAUUGGAAGAAAUUGGUCCCUCAAUAGACUUCAAACUAAGAAGGACAAGAUUAGCGUCAGAUGAUCUGUACAAAGAAGCUUGCAGAGUUCCUCAAGAACUUAGAACAGGAACAAAGAAAAAUAUAUCCAGAGAUGCAUUUGGAUCAAAGUUAGGUCGCAUCCACAUGGGCAAGCAGGAUAUCAACCGACUGCAAACAAGAAAGAUGAAGGGGCUGAGGAAGACGCCAGAGGAGAAGAAGCAGUUCCUACUAAAAAGAAAAAAGGAAAAACAAGCAGCAAAACAAGCUCAGAAUGCAGCUGCAGAAUGA